CAAAGGAGCAGGGACAUAUCUGAUCACCCCCCCCACCCAACCGCAAGAAGAUAAAACCCAGGAAGGGCCAGGAAGAGUAGGAUCCAUCUAACCAGAAAAGAUGUGCGACUGUGGAUGCUAUUCGUAUUGCCUGCAUGACAGUGGGUCCUGCUACAGUCACUACCAUUCGCAUUCGCACUCGCAUUCGCAUCAUUGCUGUGCGGGAUACAAGUAUCUCAAGUGCCUCUGUCGCUACUAUCGUCAUGUGCACUGCACCUGUUCCUGUUGGCGUCGGAAAUGCUAUCUGCUGUAAGGAGAAGAAAUGGCAGCAGGAGGAGCAGCAUCAUCAGCAGGAGAAGGAUUCCUAGAGGGAUAAGCAGCGCACACACACACACACACAAAUCACAACUCAAACAACGCAAAUCACACAGAAAUCACAUGAUAAAGUCCUUUAAGUAGUUGCAUAACACUUGGCUGCAUCCAAUCGAACACACAGGGCAGGAGAAGGAGACGGUGACGGAGAAGGAGAAGGAGAAGGAGGUGAAGGCGUCGUCGGUCGUCCGGUAUGGCGAUGGGGUUUUUGUGUGGCAACUAGCGUGCAUACGGGUCGUAUGUGCAACGUUUUCAGUUGUUUGUGUGAGUGCAAAAGAAUGCGAGCGAGUGUGGGUGGGGCGUCCCGUGAGUGCUACAGUGUCUGCUGUUUGUGUGUGUGUGUGUGUUCGUGUACGAGUGUUUGUCUGUGCCUGUGCCUGGAGAAAAAUGGUUCAAGGAUGUGGCCAACAUGGUUAUCGACUAUUUGGUUCAGUUGCAACACACCCAAAACACACACAAAAAAAGAAAAGAAUACACAUUCAUUCGUUGCACCAAUAAAAACAAAAACAAAAAAACCUUAAUCCAAAAAACAGUUCCAAUUAGUGCAUAAGUUUUAAUCACAUACACACACACACCCACACAUCACAUAUCGUUAUCGAAUUAUUAUACAUGUAUGUUGUAGCUGUAGUUAUCGAUCGAUAAUGUUCGAUCAACUUCCGAUUGAUGUUCGAUUUUCGCCAUAUUUGUAAUGUCGUUUUAAUCAAAUCAAACCAACCAACAAUCCAACCAAAUAAAGUUUUACUCCAACACCACACAAAAAUGGAGAGAUUUU